AUGCCCCGAGCUAGCACCGCACCCGGGGCCCGCCUACGGUGUCGUCGAGCAUGCGACAGUUGCAAGAGAAGGAAACAGAAGUGUAACGGGGAGCAGCCAUGUACGAUAUGCGUACAGCGCCGCAAAGAAGCGGAGUGCCAUUUUUCGGACAAGCCGGCCCGAUUGCUUCGGCCCAGCAAUGAUCCCAAGGAAGCGAUGCUACUUAGCGAACACCUGGUGCCCACUCCGCAGCGGCGAACGGCCAUGGACCAUCUGCUCAAUUCUCUCGAGGACACAAGCGCAAACAUAGAACAUGACGUCGGGGAUGAUAAGGAUGGGGCGGCGCCUGUUCCGAAGGUUGCGCGAUUGCUUCGAGAUGGCCAAGGAAAGUUUAUGUAUAUUGGGGACUCCGCGAGCUUGUCGUUCCUGCAGAGCGUCCGUCGCAUCGUUUCGCUGUCAAUUGGGCGGUGCGAAUUCACGGAGGAUACAUCACGCCAUUCUAUGUUAGAGGCCUUCCAAAGCAGCUCGACUACGCAGAGCGGGCCGCUGAUCGAACCCCCGAGAAAUGAUGAGGCGCAGCGGCUCGCUCGUCAGUAUGUUUUGGCUACUAGCCCGUUGCUGGACCUGUUUGAUCUCGAGGAGUUUCAUCCGCGACUUGCAAAUUGGAUUGGAAAUCCGACAGGGGAUGAAGAUACAGUCAGCUCAAUUUUUUAUCUCGUCCUCGCAAUAGGUGCGCAAGUAUCCGAUACGAACCAAACUCUGGCCGAGAAAUAUUUUGUCAGUGGCCGGCAACUGGCCUUCUCGGCUUUCACCGAGACUCCCAGUCUAUAUACCAUCCAGUCCUAUGUUCUCAUUUCCAUGUACAUGCUUGGUGCUUGUCGCCGGAAUGGUGCGUUCAUGAACCUCGGCAUCGCUUUACGAGCUGCAUAUGCGGUGGGAAUCCACCGCAAGGACGCAAACUCCCUGUUUACUACGCGGGAAAGGCGGGCUAGGGAACGAGUGUGGAAAAGUCUUCGUAUGAUGGACCUAUUCCUCAGCGCUUCAUUGGGACGCCCACCUGCCACGUCGGAUUUCGAUUAUGACCUACAUGAGGAUGAGAUUUCCCGACGAGAAUCACACCUACCACGGGAACAGCUAUCUACAACCGUUGUAUCUCUGUGUCGCAUUUUUGAGCGAGUUCUUACCGAAGUGUAUAUGCGGCAGGUCGUAUCAAUUAAUGUCGCAGAGAAUAUCUCUAAUCAACAUCGAACUUGGGUCAGGAACUUACCUGCUUUCCUACAAGUGCAAACAGAACGAUUAGAUUCCAAGUCACUGGAAGAGAACUUGGCUGCCGCACACGUGUUUGGAUCAUACUACUGGUCGAUCAUCCUUUUAACACGACCUUUCCUCAUCUUUUGGGUGUCACAAUAUGUGAGGAACAAGAAAGAAACUUCCGGGGUCCCUGAGACCAGGAAUGCUACAUCCCGCCUCUCGCUUUUCGCCGAUGCCUGUGUCUACUCUGCGUUGCGCGGCCUUGAUAUCGUAGACGGCCUUUCGGCAUAUGAAAACUUACCGCGCAGGCUACCUUUUCUAAUAAACUCUGUCUUCAACUCAGCAGUGGUCCUGGGGGCCGCUUUUUUCGCCGAUUACGACAAUUUUCUCCCACUCGAAGAAGGUAUGAAUAAAGCGGAAAAAUUUCUCGGACUCUUUGUACCAUACGAUCCGCACGCCUGUCGCUUUCUCCAGAUUGUGAAGUACCUCCGAGCUGCAGUGGCCGAGUACGUUAGCCGACGAAAUCGGCAAUGGAUGGAACAGCGCAGCCGACAAGUCGAUCAGCUCUUUGGCCAAGUAGGGCCUGCAAGUGACCCGUCUUUAGCAAUGGAUAGUAUUCCCAUAAGUCGGCCCGGUGAACCUACCGCGACAUCUCCUUUAUCUCCGGAUAAGCUCCCACCAGCGAACCCUGCGCCGUCGCAGCCUCCCGAGUUACCAGCACUUGCACCCCAAGACAACAACAUUUGGGAUACUCUAUGUGGCGCCGCCACAACAGGGGGACUCCCGUAUGACUCUGCGAUCUCUACAUUAACAACUACGGGCAUACCAAUUGGGUUUUCACCCGGCGGCACCAUGCCAUCUGGUAUGAGGGCAGAGCCUGGAGGUCAGACGCCGCUUUCUGAUAUGAUCUUGUCAGACAAUGGCCUUCUUUACAUGGCCGAGGAUCUUCCGGUAUUUGGACUUUGGGAUGACACAUGA